AAACAACGCAGGCUCCAUCAACCCCUAUAAAAGACACACCAGGCUGCCGCUGAGGCGACGUUAGACCCUCUUUCAAACCAAGAAGGACAACAUUUCCAGCUCCUCAAACUUCCUCUCUCCUCCUCUUCCUCAUGUGUAGAGCUGCAGUUCUCACACUCGGCCUGUUGGUGGCGCUGCUGUAUGGAGGCGCUCAGGCCACAGACGGGCUCCCGAUGUACGGAGUGAAGCUGUGCGGCAGAGAGUUCAUCCGGGCGGUCAUCUUCACCUGUGGAGGCUCGCGGUGGAGGAGGUCUCUGGAUGUCUCAGGUGACCUGUCCAGUGACCCGCUCUCCACUCACGACGACGAGGCGUCUGACAGCUGGGCCGCCGACCCCAUCCUCCUCCCGGGACUGUCCCACAGACCCCGUCCCGACGCAGAGGGCCUGGCCUGGGCCGGACAGGGUCAGGAGAGCCCCGUGUUCAGCCGUCCCGCACGCUCGCUCAUCUCAGAGGGCGUGCUGGAGGCCUUGCGCACCUCAGACCGGAAGGGCCGGGACGUGGUGGUCGGGCUGUCCAACGCCUGCUGUAAAUGGGGCUGCAGUAAGAGCGAGAUCAGCUCGUUAUGUUAAAGAACUGCACGAUCCCAUUCCUACACCCCUUCCACUUCCAUCCCAGCCUUCCCAAAUGUGAAAAAUGAAGAGGUUGUUCCGAUGAAAAUAUUCGUGUCAUAUGUGUACUGUAGCAGAUUUUAGCCAAAGUGAAGCCCGUUACCGUGUUCAUAAUCAUCUCUUCAUCUCUAUCUUUGUAUGUUCUUGUGUGGUCUUUGAUUUAAUAACAGCAAACUGGAAUAAAGUUUUGAUUGCGAUAGAGUUCAUUGUAAUUUGGUUUAUAUCGAAUCAUUCAAUAUAAAGUUUAUAGAGUGCACACUUCAAUUAUAUGCAGUACAAUAAAAAAAUAUCUAUGGAAUUACUAAGAUAUAGCUUAGCCUAAAGCAUUUAUUUUAUUUUUAUUUAUCCCUUUAUUUUUCCAGGAAGGUCCCAUUGAGAUUAAAAUAAAUUACCAUAUUAACAUGUA